UGGAGCACUCACUCGCCUAUAUAACACACACUAUCUCACCUCUCUCACACACUCCCUCAGUACACCACACCAUCAUGAAGUGCGUAGCAGCUCUGACUUUUGUCUUCGCGGCGUUGACGGCGACUUCCGGUCAAGCGUCAUGCCCAGCCGAAUAUUUAAGCUUCAGCGUGGACGCAGUGACGCAGGUGUGCGUAAAGUUUUACAUGUAUGUGAAGGGAACGUGGGCCUCGAUGAGGGCGUUGUGCCAGGCGGAAGGUGCCGACCUAGCUGAGCUGAGAGGUGACCUCCACGACCAGGUGUACUCUUACAUCUUCUCUCACUCAGAUUUACGUGUACGUUACGUAUCCUGGACAGAGAAGAACUUGCCGCCUCUGUGGCACCUUGGAUCACAUAGUGGCUCAAUGUGUUCAGCGCCAGCUGCCCUCGGGGCGUGGUCGUCGUCCUGA